AUGGCGCGGCCCGGGCGGCCGGCGCUGGGGCUGGGGCUGGGGGUGGCUCUGGGCGCCGCUCUGGGCGCCGGGCUGGGGCUGGCGCUGCUCGGGGAGCUGCGGCGGCGGCGGAGGGGCGGCGGGCGGCCGGCGGAGCCCCGGAGCCCGGUUGUGGCCGGAGCGGUGGUUCCCGUGGAGGCGGGAGAUGCCGCUCCUCGCAGCCCUCUCCUCGGGUGUGAGGAGCAGGCGGGUGUGCUGGAGCGCCUUGAUGUCGUGUUGAGAAACAUUGCAGAGCUGAGGAAAGAAGUGGAGGAGCUGCGGAACAGCCUGCAGCACUUAGCUGCGGAGAUCGUUGGCGGAGUCAGGUCCCAUCUGGAAGAAACCCAGAAAGUAACUCGCCGGAGGCGGUUCCCUUUUCCUAGAGAAAGAAGUGAUUCCACAGGCUCCAGUUCGAUUUAUUUCACAGCCAGCUCAGGAACAGCCAAUACAGAUGAUGGGGAAAGUGAAGGAGGAUACACCACAGCCAAUGCUGAGUCUGAUUACGACCGGGAGUCCGAGAGAGAAAGCGAAGAAGGGGAAGACGAAGUGAGCUGUGAAACAGUGAGAACUGCACGGCGGGAUUCCCUGGAUCUUGUCAAUGAGGAUGAACCACAUUUAAUCCUCGAUUCCUCACUAGAGGAAGAGCUGGGUCAGCUACUGCAGCAGGCUGACCGCUUGCACGACGGAGAUGAGCAGGACAAGAGAGAGGGAUUCCAGCUGCUGCUGAAUAAUAAACUGGCGUAUGCAGACCAGAAAGACUUUCUUUGGCGCCUGGCCCGAGCACAUAGUGAUAUGUGCGAAGUCACAGAAGAUACAGAUGAGAAGAGAUCGUACGCAUCUGAUGGGAAAGAAGAGAUAGAAAUUGCCUUACAGAAGUGGGAUCAAAGUGCUGAGUGCCAUCAGUGGUACGCUAUUCUUUGUGGGCAGUUAUCAGAACAUGAGAGUAUUCAGAAGCGCAUUCAAACUGGAUAUGUUUUUAAGGAACACAUUGAUAAAGCAAUUGAACUGAAGCCAGAGGAUCCACAGUCUUACUAUCUUCUGGGCAGGUGGUGUUACCAGGUUUCCCACCUGGGAUGGCUUGAAAAAAAGACUGCUGCUGCGUUGUUUGAAGCCCCUCCUACAGCCACUGUCCAGGACGCCCUGCAGAACUUCUUACGGGUUGAGGAACUGAGCCCAGGGUUUUCCAAAGCAGGAAGGGUAUAUAUUGCCAAGUGUUACAGGGACUUGGGGAACAAAACUGCAGCUGUUCUCUGGAUGAAUCUUGCUUCAGAGCUGCCAGCUACUACGAAAGAGGUAGCAGUCUCAGAUGCAGACAGUGAGAGAGAACUCGAAGAGAUGCGAUCAGCCUGGGAAGAUUAACUGUGUAAAGUCUCAUCUCACUUGAUACUGCACGGACAGUAAAAUUCCAGUGAAAGGGGUUUCAUGAUCCUGACAACUUUGCACAUGGAUAAGCCGCAAGAGUUUACAGGAAGAAGCAUGUAGCAGUCUCAUCAGCACACCCAGGGAAAGAUCUUGGUGGGAUUUAAUCAGAUAAAAUUUUGUAUUAUUUUCCGUCUUACAGCACUGCAUAUGUUUGAUUUUAAAAUUCCUAGAAAAUGUAAAAUUCCUAAAAACAGGUGGGGGGUGUGGGGGGAGGAGGGUGUAUAGGUAGAAUUUGUGAUAUAAAAAUAUUUGUGAUUAUAUAUCAUAGAUAUAUGCGAGAUAGAUACUUUGUGAUAUAAUAUAUAUAUUUAUAUAUCUUUAUAUCUUUAUAUAUUUAUAUGUAUAAAUAAAUAUAUAAGGAUAUAUAUUUAUAUCUACACAUAUAGAUUUUAUAUCACAACCUCUACCUGUCUAGCAACUUGAACUUCAGCCCUGCUUGCUGGUGAGCUCUCAACCAAUUCCCGAGGAAGUCUUCAGCCACCAUUUUUUUCAGAUUAGCUGUUUUCUCUUUUCCUUAAUAAUACGUCGUACUAGCCUCAGCUGAAGUAACUGAUGCCUUUCCUGGAUGUUUAGCUGCGAUCACAUCCCGAGCCGCUGUGCUCGGCGGUCGGGGUGCUGCUGAUUUUUACCAGCGCGACGCGCUGGAGGCAGCAGGAUGUUCUCACUGCCCUCAGCCCGGUCAGUCAAACGGGCGCUGAAGCUGUGACUUAAGAGAAGACACUUACAAAAAAGAGAAGACAGCCGUGACUUAAAAUAAGCCAGUUGUCAGCCCUUUCCUCCCUGCUGUGAGACAACUGAUGGUGGUGUCCGAAACCCGCUCUGCCCUUCCCAGCUCUGCCUGAGCUGCCGUGGGGGGAAGCCAGCACUGCUCACUGCGGUGAGUUAUUACCAGGGGACCAAUGAGAUUUCCUACACAAUACAAACUUUAUUUUUUAAGAGGUGCAUUGCUUUUGUCAGAAAAGUGAGUGAUAAGAUUUUAAACUUUAGGGCUUCCUCCCAGUGAUGUCACUCCCUUCGCUCACAUGAGACUGAAAACUUAUGUCCCUCUAAACUACGCUGCUAUGGUUUAGAUGUGAUAACUUAGCUUGAAAAGUAGUUAUUUAUAAGCGGACCACUGGUUACAGGAGCAGGAAUAUUCUGUGGCAAAGCUGAUGCUUGCUGGUAAUGUUCUUCUACCAGCUCCCCUUGCCUCCCGAGGCGACAGCGAGAAGGUGGAGCCGACAACUGACAUUUCCUCUGACAGCUUCUGGGCACCGGGGAGAGUAAACUGCUGUACACUGACACAGAUGGUGAAGCAAAAACUGCCGUCAAAAAUUUCUCCAAACACUUAGCCAGGCUUUCCUGACAGCCCUUCGAUUUUCCAGCUGGCAGCUAACUGGACGCUUAUUUUGUAAUGUUCGUUGCGUCUUGCCGUGUUGUGUGGUGGUUGUGGAGUGCAAAGUAAGGCAGAGCAGUAGUCAAACACUUCUGAAUCACCUUUUUAGUCCCUUGCACAUGUGUAUUAAACUCACAGGUUUUUUUACUUUGUGAAAAUAACACUGAAGUGGCAAUGUGUAGCAAACUUGAGCUUAAAAACUUCCCUUUUUAUGGAUUUGGCACUUUCUGGCUUUUUGUUUUGUUUGUCCAAAUAAACGUCUCUAAAAUUUUGGUGCUGAACUCGUGAGAUGAGAUCCAGGAAAGUGUGCAAUUAGCUUUAUUUGCUUGAAAUGAUAAGAAUUGAUACUUAUAAACAGACAACCGAAUUCUGACAGGCUAAAGUUGAUCCCUGUGUUUUGGUGCAGAGCUCCCCUUGUGAUGAGUUGAUAACUUGAUCUGUAAUUGUGGGACUUUUUUUAUUUAAUGUAUGCUCUUGAGUUCUUCAGUGGAGUGAUGAAGCUGCCUCUUUUUUUACUUGGUGUGAAUCUGUCUUGGUUUGAAUAUGUCCCAGUGGAUGGCGCGCUUUUUUUUUUUUUCUGAAACAUCCAAUCUUUAAAUAUUUGCACAAGUUUUUUUGCUAUUUUCUUUUUGAUUGCUUAAGCCAGGCUGGGAAACCUGCAACAGUGAUAUCCAAAAGAUGAUGAUCAGCAACUUGAUUCUUUCAUGGGAGAUUUGCAGGGGUUUUUCUGGAGAGAAAUGGUAACAGCUCUCCAAACAGCCGUAUAGUUCACUGUCCUUGCAUUGCCUUUCCCUGCCAGCAAGUCCCAGAGUGACAUUAAGCAGUAAUGUUUGUUGUUCUGUGUGUUGCUGCCUUCCAAAAGUAAAUGGUUUCAGCAUAUGUAAUCAGAAGAGUGCGAAAAGGAAAUAUUUACACUACCAAGAGUCCCGUAUUUACUGACUUGCAGACGCCUUCAGGCCUUCACCUGUUGUUUAACUUGUCGAAACAUAAACUGUUAAGAGGAGUCUUUGGAUUAUGUAUUUCCUGGAGAAAACUUUCACUCUUUUUUCACGGAUUUAAAUUCUCCUUUGAUUUUUCUGGGCUUGUCUGCUUCAAAACAACAAGGGGUUCUCGUCUUGAGAAAAAAAUGCUGAUUUGCUGUUCCUUUCAUCUGCUGCUUGGGUCUCUGUGCUGGCUUGGGUUUGAGUGUUUCAUCCCAUGUGUGUUCGUUAAGUCUUUAAGAGGGGGAUGCAUGAGGAAAGCAUUUUGUUAAUUUGUUAAUUGCCAAGGUGCUGUUCUGGUUGGCAGCACCUCUCCAGACAAGCAGCUUCUGUUAAAAAGUCUCCUGAAAGAGUGCUGUAAAAACACGGCUUUGGAUUACAAACUAAACUGCCUGUUUGGAAACUGAUACCAAAAAUCUUGUUUUUCUUACCAAUAGAAGAUGAAGUCAUUUUCUUCUGUGGGGAGAAGGCAUUUGGUGCAGUCGUGUGGGGCGUGUUGGGCUGUGACCAGAACCUUUUCUGUCUUUGAGUAAAACUAACCUGCUUCCCUGGAGGAAAAGGUGGUAAUUAAAUUAUGGUAAUUCUUCUCAUUUGAUGUUCAUCCUCAGGUGGUUUCACCUGGCUGCAACCUUUCAACCUCAUUUAUUCUGUUUUGGACUGUCGGUGAAUGCUUUAAGCUUUAUGUGCAUUUUCUGUGCCUGCUUCAGUUUUGUGGAGGUUUUUUGUUUGGUUUUUUAAAUAGACUUCAGUUUUGGCUCAAGAGAGCGGGCUCUGGCGUUGUGCUCCCGCGUAUCCUUUGUGCGUGUGGUCUCGUCCCUUUCUGGGGGGAUCUGGAGCUGAGGGGUCUGUCACUCGGGGUUUCUUGCAGGAGAGCUUUCCUCUGGCAGCACAGCUCCUGCCGGGAGAGCUGGGCUGGAGGCUGGUGUCUCACAUGUUGUUUUUUCUUGUCUGCUCUAUCUGCCGGAACCUAAUUAAUGCGUCUCUAAGACGACGAUGAAAGGCGAUGACAGAACUCGCAGAUCCUUUCAAGUGCAGAUAAAAGCUGUAUUUUGCCGUCUUCAGUCUGAUCUCCAGGAACUUAUGACAUAACGAUCAAAAGAACCUUUUUUUUUUUUUUUUGGUUUUCCCUUUUCCUGGCUUCUUGUGAAGAGGAGGAAUGCGGCUAAGUAACAUAAUUUAAUUCUAAUAGCAUAGCUUGCAGGUUGAUGUGGAGAUAAGGCAAGGCUGUGUAACUAAAACACUUCCCAGUCAGCCGUGCUUGGGGUUUAUUUUUUGAUUUAGCAAUAAAAUGCGCAGUCUGCUGUUAGGCUCUGGGUUCGCCGCGCGCUGGGAUGGGGAAGCAGCUCCUCCUGUUUGCGGGGGGGGGAUGCACUCCGAUAGCUUUCAGACAACACGGAAAUCGAGACUUUUUAAAAUUUGCAUGUGCUUUGCGGACUGAUUCCAGAGCACAAUGGGAAUUUCUCAGAGUUGUCUGCACUGUACACAUCCCAGGGCCACAAGAAAUCAAUUUGCCUGGUACAAUUUUGGUAGAGAGACUCUCUGUCCUGCUCUCAUCUAGAUAAGGGCGAGGGAAUAAUUUCCUGGAGCUACUCUUGUCUUAAUUUUAAAACACACCUACCUGUGGUUAAAUGAUGAUACUAAAAAAUAACUGAAGCUAUUUAACUCAUGUUUCUUCACCGUGCUGUUCUGUUUGAAAUAGUGUUUAUAAAUAAGGAGAAGGGGAGGGCAUCCUGCUGAAAGACGCCUGUGUUGCUCUCUUGCUUUUUAUGCCAGCGCAUAUGUAGGUGAAGGAACCCGACAGCCGGGUGGAGGUCGUCUGCGUAACAUCCUUGGACUUGUACUCACAGUGGCCGUGCCGAAGGCGAUAGGAAAUCAAGGGAAAGUAAGGUACAACAUUGUUGUUUAUAUAUGUAAUAACGUGGGUUACACCUGUAGCAGGUUUUGUGUGUCACUACAACAACUACUGCUUAUGUUUUUAAAACGCACCAAAUAAUACAGCCACGCUUUGUGGGGAAUGAUGUACUCCAGGUGAAGUUGUUUUUAAAUAAAGGUGGAUAAUCAGCUGUGA